CGGCAUGUUAUGAUUACUCGAUCGCUUCGUCGUCCCCGUUAUUUUUAUUCGCCGCCCCCUCCCCCUUCUCCCCCUCCCUAUUUCGCCCGUCAUUUUCUAAUAGUCUCAAAACGCUCGCUGUCAUGCCCGCUGUCACCAAAGUUUGCUGCAUCGGCGCUGGAUACGUCGGAGGUCCCACGUGUGCUGUCAUUGCCCUCAAAUGCCCUCACAUCAAAGUAACUAUCGUCGACCUCAACCAGUCCCGAAUCGACGCGUGGAACAGUGCAGACUACAAACUUCCAAUCUAUGAGCCGGGUCUCGAGGAUGUCGUGCGCCGGGCACGCGGUCGCAAUCUCUUCUUCUCAACAGAUAUCGACAGGAGCAUCCAGGAGGCCGACCUUAUCUUCGUGAGCGUGAAUACCCCAACCAAAAAGUCCGGCGUUGGUGCGGGCUUCGCCGCAGAUCUCAACUAUGUUGAAUCCGCGACUCGUCGUAUCGCGAAGGUAGCUACGUCAAGCAAGAUCGUUGUGGAAAAGUCCACUGUUCCGUGUCGCACCGCACAAUCAAUGCGUAUCAUUCUCGAGGCCAACUCAAGCCCCAACUGUCGGUUUGAUAUCCUCUCCAACCCCGAAUUUCUUGCUGAGGGCACGGCCAUUAACGACCUGUUCAAGCCUGACCGUGUUUUGAUCGGCUCCCUUCAGACUCCCGAAGGAAUCGCAGCAUCAAAUGCUCUGGUCGAGAUAUACGCAAAUUGGGUUCCUAAGGAACGUAUUCUUUCUGUCGGCCUUUGGUCCUCCGAACUUUCCAAAUUGGCAGCGAAUGCAAUGCUUGCGCAACGUAUCUCCUCCGUCAAUGCGCUCUCUGCGAUCUGUGAAGCUACUGGCGCCAACAUCGACGAAGUUGCACAUGCUGUCGGGUACGAUUCGCGUAUUGGACCCAACUUCCUCCGCGCGUCCGUUGGUUUCGGAGGGUCUUGCUUCCAAAAAGAUAUCUUGAACCUCGUUUAUCUCAGCGAAAGCUUGCAUCUUCCGGAGGUUGCAGAGUAUUGGAAACAAGUGGUCACAAUGAACGAGUACCAGAAACGCCGUUUCUCCAAAACAGUAGUCGAUACGUUGUUCAACACGAUCACCGGCAAGCGUAUUGCCGUCCUUGGAUUCGCAUUCAAAGCUGAUACGGGUGACACACGCGAGUCUCCAGCCAUUACCCUCGUCAGGGACUUCCUCCUCGAAAAGGCCCACGUGAGCAUCUAUGAUCCUCAGGUCGAGCAUACCCAGAUCUGGUCGGAUCUCUCCGAGGCUCUGCCUCUCGUUCCAUUGCCCAACCUGCAAAAACAAGUUCACAUCGCAUCGAGUGCUCUUGAUUGCUGCAAGAACGCGGAAGCAGUUGUCAUUGCUACCGAAUGGCGUGAAUUCCGUGAAAUCGACUGGGAGGCAGUGUAUAGGGGCAUGAACAAGCCUGCUUUCGUGUUUGAUGGGAGGCUACUUGUUGACGCACAGAAGCUUAGGUCGAUCGGGUUCAAGGUGACUGUCAUCGGACGGGGAGAGCAACUCUAGGUUACAUACUGACCUCCGACGGAUCAUAUCGUAAGCGGACGACUGACGCAGCACGUAAUGGGUUGGACUCCAUCACGGACUAUCCACAUUCCCUAUUACCCAUAGAAACUGCAGUUGAUUAUCUCGAAGCACAUUCCCAACUAACCAUCCUCUGUACAUAUCUAGUAUCUCCCCUUUUGGAUUUCCGAGACUACGAACUAUUACUCCCAGUAGAAAGCGCGUUCUCUCUAGAUACGUGACUACAAGUU